AUGGUAGCCCGGGAUCAUGCAGAGAGACUCCAGGUGAAGAUUGAGUUGGAUGGCCUUUUUUAUGUUGACAAUGUAAGAGUGAGAGGUGGUAUGGCGCUACUGUGGAGAAGAAACAAUACGGCUAGUUUGUUGAGUUACUCAAAGAACCAUGUGGAUAUAGAGGUGAGUAUACCAGGAUUUAAUAAGUGGAGAAUGACGGGGUUCUAUGGUUUUGCACAACGAUGGAGGCGGAAUGAGUUAUGGGAGCUUAUUAGAUCAUUAUCACAUCGAUCUCAGCUACCAUGGGUCAUGAUAGGCGAUUUCAAUGAUUUACUGUAUCAGCAUGAAAAACGAGGAGGGAAUCCGCAUCCAGAGGCGCUUUUGCGAGGCUUUGGAGAAACCAUAGACGAGUGUGGUUUGGCCCAGUUGCCAAUGCAGGGAUACCCGUAUACAUGGGAGAGGGGUGAAGGGACUGUGGACUGGAUUGAAGAGAGGCUGGAUAAGGUGCUAGUAACACAGGAAUGGCAGGACGUGGUUAGGGAUGCCAGUGUCUUAAACAUUCUGACCCGACAAUCAGACCAUUCUGCUCUUUUCCUUGGGAUUCUGAAUCUUCGGGAAAGACGGAAUGGAAUGAGACGAAGGUUCCGUUUUGAGAUGGCUUGGCUACAUGAGGAGGGUUGUAGGGGAGUUGUGGAGAAGGCCUGGGUAGAAGGGAGGAAUAAGGGGCUACAAGGUUGUAUUCAACUCUGUGGAGACAGAUUAUCACGAUGGGGAGGAGAUAGAUUUCAUAAGUUUGGUGAACAGGCAAUGAAUCUUCGUAAACAGCAAUUGCGUUUACGGGGGUGUAUGGAUCAGGCAUCAUUAGCAGAAUACCAGCGAUUGGAGGGAUGUCUGGCUCAGAUUGAAAUACAGGAAGAUGCGUAUUGGAAGCAAAGGGCAAAACAGCACUGGCUGAAGGGAGCGGAUGCAAAUACGAAAUUUUAUCACAGGCGUAUAUUUGCUACGGGUCAGACUGAGACUGAUACGGAAUUUUAUGCAAGUAUUUUACCCCGGGUGUCACAAGCACAGAAUGAUGACCUGUUACGGCCGUUUGACAGAACGGAGGUCAAGGCUGCGUUGACAGCUAUGUUUCCUGAUAAGGCACCAGGUCCGGAUGGAAUGAAUUCGGGCUUUUAUCAGAAUUAUUGGGAUGUGGUGGGUGAGGAUGUGUCAGACUUUAUUGUGAAUUGUCUGAAUACUCGUUCUUUUCCAGCUAAUUUGAAUGAUACUGAUAUAGUUUUGAUCCCCAAGAAAAAGAUUCCGGAGUUAGUCUCGGAUCUCCGGCCAAUAGUGCUGAGUAAUGUGAUCUAUAGAGUCAUGGCAAAGAUGAUCUCGGCCAGGAUGAAACCCCUUAUGAAUGAAAUUGUUUCUGAUACGCAAAGUGCAUUUAUACCUGACAGGCUGAUAACGGAUAAUAUUCUGGUUGCUGCGGAAGUUGGUCACUUUUUGAACAGAAAGCAGUGUGGUAUGACGGGAUGGGGUGCGUUAAAAUUAGAUAUGGCAAAGGCAUAUGAUCGUAUGGAAUGGUCGUUCCUACGUAAUAUGUUGAUGGCGUUGGGAUUUGAUGAAGGUCUAUCACUACUACUACAACAGGCGCAGACCCAAGGAAAAAUUCAUGGCUGUAGAGUUGCGAGAGGUGCACCACCUAUAUCCCAUUUGUUUUUUGCUGAUGAUAGCUUGUUGUUUUUUAAGGCAAAAAUACAGGAAGCUGAGGUGAUUAAACAGUGUUUAACACGAUAUGAAAGAUUAUCUGGCCAAGUAGUCAAUUAUCAUAAAUCAAGCAUCUGUUACAGUAAGAAUACGAAGGAUGAUGACAGGAAUGAUGUGGCACAUAUCUUAGGUGUGAACCAAGCUCCCAACUAUGGGAAGUAUUUGGGGCUACCCUCUUUUAUAGGGAGAAAUAAAAAGGCAGCUUUCUCGUAUAUUGAGGACAAGAUCAGGCAAAGAGUUGUAUCCUGGAAUAAGAAACUAUUAUCACAGGCUGGUAAGGAAGUUUUAUUAAAGAGUGUGGCUCAAGCUAUGCCUACUUUUUUGAUGAGCGUGUUCUUACUGCCAAUAGGGAUAUGUACAGCCAUUGAGCGAACCAUGAAUCGUUACUGGGGGGGUCUGGGAAUGACCGUGGCAUCCAUUAGAAAGCCUGGGAUAAGAUGUGUAUACCAAAGAAGUAUGGGGGUUUGGGAUUCAAGGAGCUACAUGCGUUCAACCUGGCAAUGUUGGGUAAACAAGCAUGGCAGUUACUCACUAAGCCUGAAUCUCUGGUUUCAAAAGUUUAUAAAGCCAGAUAUUAUCCUAAAGGGACUUUUUAUGAUGCAUGUGUCGGGAGUAACCCAAGUUUCUGCUAGCGCAGACCAACAUGAGCCAAAGAUUCACACAGAAAAGCUUGUGCACUUGAGUGGUGCGACUGUCGAGGGAUUAAUAGACCCGGAGACACAGACUUGGGAUUCGAAUAUAUUGACAGAUAUUUUUGACCCCAUUGAUAUACCCCGGAUCUUGAAAAUACCAAUAUCACCAGACUAUGACGAUAUGUGGUAUUGGUAUGGGGACCAGGGAGGAAACUAUACAGUAAAGAAUGGAUACAGAGCUAUUAUUGGAGAUUAUGGGCAUACUACAACCGGGUUUGAUAAUUGGCUAGGCCUAUGGAAGCUCAAAACACUAACCAAAUUAUCCACGCAGCUGCAAUUCAAUAUUACAUUUGGAGAGCCAGAAACGGAGCGGUGUGGGAUGCAUGCCUACCACGCCCGCGAAAAGUUAUUGCCACAGCUGUAA